AUGAAGACUAUUUCUGGUGUUAUUUUUAUGUGCCUCGCGGUGACAGCUUAUGCUGCGCCGCGAAUUGUUGGUGGUCAUGAUGCCGAGGAUGGAGCUUACCCGUAUCAAGUGUCACUCAGAGCACCGACACAUUUUUGUGGUGGUUCGAUUCUCAAUGAACGAUGGAUUCUUACUGCUGCUCACUGUGUGAUUGGACGCAGGGGAGGCGCAGUGACCGUAAUUGCUGGUACCCACAAGCUCAGUGGUGGUAACGCACAAGUUUACAAAUCCGAGUACAUCGUCUGGCACGAGAAAUACAAUGCGGCGAAAUUCGUCAAUGAUAUUGGUCUCAUUCGUGUCAAUCGUGACAUCGAAUUCAACGAUAAAGUUCAACCGAUUCCCAUUGCCGACGAAGACUUCAGCAAAGAUAACUACCCUGUUACUUUGACUGGAUGGGGUAGCAUGCAGGCUGGUGGCCGAGCUCCAAAUAUUCUUCAAGAAAUCGUGCUUCGAGUUAUCAGUCAAACGAAGUGUGCCAACGCGAUGACCGUCGCGAUCACAGAGUCUCACAUUUGCACGUUGACCAAAGUUGGAGAAGGUGCCUGUCACGGAGACUCUGGUGGCCCACUUGUUGCUGACGGUGUUCAAAUCGGUAUUGUUUCCUUUGGUAUGCCAUGCGCACGUGGCAAACCUGAUGUGUUCACUCGAAUUUUUACUUUCCUUGACUGGAUUCAAGAAAAGACGUCACACUUCUGA